GAUCAAUAGUUAUUUACGCAAAAAAAUUGUAACCGUGUAACAUAUAGUUUUACCAUAAGUAUAUAAUUUAAAUAAUAUGGUUUUCUUUAUCUUUUUUUUAACGUCUGUUUUUCUUUCUGUCUUUAUUCUUAGGCCCCUUUUCUUUAGGUUUGUGUGUGAGUUUAUGUGUGGAUGGUGUGUAUGUUUGUUUCCCCAAAUUUUUUUUAAUUUUUUUUUCUUUUUCUUUCAAUUUUUUAUUAUUAUUAAAUAAAGAAAUAAAAUAUUAUAUUAAAUAUAUUUACAAAAUUAUUAUCUUUUAAAAAAUAUGACAUGUAGGAAAAUUGACCGACG